AUGAAGGGCACCAAAGAUCGUCUCGCCAACGGCAGCGCUGACAUAAACAGUCCUCCUAAUGGUUUCUAUCAUCGAGAACAGACUCCGUUACACACCAUCAUAGUUGGGGCUGGGUUUGCUGGCAUCUCAUUGGCAUAUGUUUUGGGCAGACCUGGACAUGCAGUGGAAGUCCUUGAAGCUGCGACAGUCAUCAAAGAGGUUUGA